CUCUCGUUCACUGAAUCGUUCACUCACGAGCCAACACCAUUGGAGUAGUGUCCCCCUUUGCUGCCCUUCUAGCGCACGCCGAUUAGCCGCUAGCAUAUUAAUACCAUGCGGCUAAAAGUUUUUUAAAGAUGGUUUACCUUUGCAGAAUUUGCCUCCGUAAAUAUGGAAACUUUGUGGACAACGUCCGAUUGUUUGUCCGUGGAGGUGCUGGCGGGAUGGGCUUGCCCCGUGUUGGGGGUCACGGAGGAAACGGUGGAGAUGUUUGGGUGGUCGCUGCAAAGAGCAUGACCUUAAAAAAGGUCAAGGACAAGUACCCUCAAAAACGCUUUGCAGCCUACGUAGGAGCCAACAGCAGUGUGCGUUCCUUGAAAGGACAGAGAGGGAAGGACAAGGAGAUUUUGGUUCCUGUCGGUAUCACAGUCACCUCUGAUGAUGGCAGGAUACUCGGAGACUUAAACGCAGACGGUGAUCGUGUGCUGGUGGCCAAAGGAGGAUACGGCGGCGCCUUCUCCUCCGCUUUCCUGCCCAGUAAAGGCCAGUCGAGGCAGAUCAGACUGGACCUCAAACUCAUCGCCGACAUGGGCCUGGUGGGUUUCCCAAAUGCGGGGAAGUCGUCUCUGCUGACUGCCUUGUCCAAUGCAACCCCGCAGAUAGCCAACUACCCUUUCACCACUUUGAAGCCCCAGAUCGGACUACUGUUGUACGAAGACCACAAGCAGAUCUCCGUCGCGGACCUCCCGGGCUUGAUCGAAGGCGCUCACAUGAACAAAGGGAUGGGACACAAGUUCCUCAAGCAUGUGGAGAGAACCAAGCAGCUCUUGUUUGUGGUGGACGUUUGCGGCUUCCAGCUCGCGAGUCAAACGCCGUUCCGCUCGGCUUUUGAGGCCGUGCAGCUGCUCACCAAGGAGCUGGAGUUGUACAAGGAGGAAUUUGUGAGUAAACCGGCUCUACUGGUGGUCAACAAGAUGGACUUGCCCCAUGCGGAGCGUAAACUAGAAGAGCUGAAAGAGCAACUUGCCAACCCCGAAGAAUUCUGCCAGUCGUUGCCCGACGAUAUGAUACCCAAGAGCCUCAUGGCGUUCAGGCACGUUGUCCCCAUCUCUGCCGCCACCGGGUUCGGCGUGGACCGCUUGAAAGAUUUCAUCCGGGAGUCACUGGAAGAAGAAGACUCCGACGCCACCGAGGCUUUCAGGAAAGAACGGCUGCAGCUCCUGAGGCAACACUCGCAAUAACGACUUGUUUUGUACAUAGCAGGAACAAAUGUGUCGAUGAAAGAUUUAUUUUAUAUUAAAUAUUACAAUACAGAAUAAUUAGGACAAAAAAUAGGGGGUUGAUUUUUGCAUCAGUCUGUACAAGCAUACAGGCAAUCAAUAAGACGGCACAAACAAGAGUGUACUUACGAGUGUGAAAGGUUGUGAUGCUUGGAGUCCUCCAGGAAUACAUUCAAUGGACAGACAGUCGUGUCCGUCGGGUGAAUUUUCGUUCAUGACGUCAAGACAAAUGCAGAUCACUGAAUGUAAUGCGUCAUCAUCAUUAUUAAAUGUUUGGGAUGCUGAUGAA